ACAUUUCCACCCUUUACGGGUACACCUAUAAAAAGAAGCUGCAGGUGGGUCAGUUGUCAGAGCACCGAAGCGAAAGCGGUAAAGUAGCCAACUGCAGUUAGUUAUCCUUUUGCGCCUCCCGAAAUAUACGAUGAAUCUGUCAAGCCUCUUUCUUUUGGCCCUCGUGGCAUCAGUCGCUAUCGGCGCUGGAUCUGCCCACAGAAUAAACAGGCCCGAACAGGAGCCCCCAAAGGAGUCGUGCCAGGUUACCACCACAAGCCCGCCGUGUGAGACGACCACUCCACCAUGUGCUAGGGAAACCACGACAACAACGUGUUCCCCUACUACCACAACAACCACAACGUGUUCCCCAACUACCACGACUACAACAACAACUACGACAACAACCACAACUACGACAACAACAACCACCACCACAACUACGACAACAACGACAUGUUCCCCAACAACAACAACUACCACCACAACAACAACAACAACGACGACGACGACAACGACAUGUUCCCCAACAACAACAACUACCACCACAACAACGACAACGACCACUACGACAACCACGACGACGACAACAACAACCACCACCACGACGACAACGUGUACUCCAACGACGACAACAACCACUACGACCACCACGACAACAACAACGACGACAACCACCACCACAACAACAACGACGACGACAACAACUACUACUACGACAACCACGACGACAACAACCACAACAACAACAUCCUGCGAAACAACAACGACUGAGUCUCCAGAACAACCCCCCUGUGAGCCCAACGAGCCGUCCACUCCAACUCCAUCACCACCCUCUCCCUGUGAGCCCAACGAGCCGUCAACUCCUACUCCAUCCCCACCCUCUCCCUGUGAGCCCAACGAGCCAUCAACUCCUACUCCAGCCCCACCUUCACCAUGUGAGCCUAAUGAAACGACAACUCCGCCACCUUCACCUUGUGAGACGACCACCACUACGACAACAACCACAACAACGACGACCACCACGACAACAACUACAACCACUACGACCACCACGACAACAACUACGACCACUACCACCACAACGACAACGUGUACUCCAACGACGACAACAACCACUACGACCACCACGACAACAACAACGACUACAACCACCACAACAACAACGACGACGACAACAACUACUACUACGACAACCACGACGACGACGACAACAACCACCACAACAACAACAACAUCCUGCGAAACAACAACGACUGAGUCUCCAGAACAACCCCCCUGUGAGCCCAACGAGCCGUCAACUCCUACUCCAUCACCACCCUCUCCCUGUGAGCCCAACGAGCCAUCAACUCCUACUCCAGCCCCACCUUCACCAUGUGAGCCUAAUGAAACGACAACUCCGCCACCAUCACCUUGUGAGACAACCACCACUACAACAACGACGACCACCACAACAACAACGACGACUACCACAACAACGACGACCACCACAACAACAACGACGACCACCACUACAACAACAACACCCUGUGAAACAACAACGACUGAAGCUCCAGAACAACCCCCCUGUGAGCCCAACGAGCCGUCAACUCCCACUCCAUCUCCACCCUCUCCCUGUGAGCCCAACGAGACGACAACUCCGCCUCCUUCACCUUGUGAGACGACAACAACCACGACCACCACAACAACAACCACGACCACCACAACAACAACCACGACUACCACAACAACAACCACGACCACCACAACAACAACCACGACUACCACAACAACAACCACGACCACCACAACUACAACAUGUAUACCAGCAACAACAACCACUAUUCCCCAACAGCCACCGUGCGAACCAACAACCACACCAACACCCCCUCCCUGUGCCCGCAAGACCACCACCACCCCACCUCCGUGCGAAGAGACAACGACACCUGCCUGCGACACUAAGAGUGAUCAGAGUGGUCUAGCUCAAUUGAUUCCCAAGCCAAUUAAGGAUCUCUUCGCUGAUUCGACCAAAGCGACCAUCCCGAUCGGAUCCAGUCCCAUGUGCGCUGGUCGCGCGGACGGAAGUAUAGUCCAGGACCCGAAUCAUUGCAGGAGGUACUAUGAAUGCCGCGCUGGACGUCGGCUGUUGCGCAAGUGCCGCGCCGGUCUGUGGUACGAUUCAGAGGCAGGAGAGUGCCUUCCACGUAGCCAGGUGUUGAACUGCCCGGCUCAACGUAACUGAGACACUUUAGCCGACUCGACGCAACUGGAAUGGUUUCAGAGAUUGUAUUGCAACUUUUAUCCGUAGCCAACAGUAACCUCCUAUUCAAUAAACAGCAUAUAAAUUUCACAGCAAA